GCCCAUCCAUCCGUCCAUCCACGCCUUACCGGCGAAACAGAUGGGGACGUUCGCGCUCGGACCUGUUGUUCAUAGGAUCAUCAACCUCAGCGUUUCGGCAAAGCCGCGGGAAUAAGUGAGUUUCUCCUGGAUUGGAUCACGUUUGGAGCAUCAGUCGUGCGCUGCGCGUCUCCGCCGCUCAUCAAAUGAUGCUGCUGCGUGUUCACGGGUCCUCCUCCGGUACCACCGGCAUUACUCACGCACCGGCGGAGUGAGAACAGCUGAAGAUGAUCCUCAGAUAAACAGGUCGGGGAAACUUUUUCUGUAAGAUGUUCUGGGCAGUUUGGAUAUCUGAUGGCCACGACGAUGAGUUUGUUUAACCGCAACGAAAAGGAAAUUUAACAGGUGCGUAAUUGAAACUCGAGCAUGAAUCCCAGUAGCUUCUGGCGCCUUCUCCAGUUCGGAAGCUCUUUGGAGAUCACGCGGGGAGCGCGCUAGUUGAUGGCACUGCGCGCCGGAAGGACUUUGCUGUGGUUCGGGCAGGUUUUGCGCAGAGUUUCGCGGCUGCAGGGCUUGUGGUCUCGGCGCUCCAGCAGUCUGCUGUGUCUCUCCACCAGCCAGGACCACGAUCAAGGGACCUGUUACAACCGCAACCGGUGUCCGAAGACGCAGCAGCAGCAACAGCAGCACUGCCCAUAUCCGCCCUUUCCAGACUGCUGCUGCGCCUUCCCGGGGGAUAAGAGGGGACAUGAACCCCUCAGCCGGCGAUUCCUGGUGGCCAUGAAGAGGCAGAACGUGCGGACGCUGUCCCUGAUCGUCUGCACGUUCACCUACCUGCUGGUCGGGGCCGCGGUGUUUGACGCGCUCGAGUCGGACUUCGAGAUGCGGGAUAAGGAGCAGCUGGAGGCUGAGGAGAAGCGCCUUCAGGGCAAGUACAACAUCAGUGAGGAUGACUAUAAAAAGCUGGAGACCAUCAUCAUGGAGGCCGAGCCGCACAGAGCAGGGGUCCAGUGGAAAUUUGCAGGGUCCUUUUACUUUGCCAUCACUGUCAUAACCACUAUAGGUUAUGGCCACGCGGCUCCAGGCACAGAUGCUGGAAAGGCAUUCUGCAUGUUUUAUGCAGUGCUUGGGAUCCCUCUGACGCUGGUGAUGUUCCAAAGCCUUGGCGAGAGGAUGAACACCUUUGUGAAGUACAUGCUGAAGCGCAUCAAAAAGUGCUGCGGGAUGCGCAUCACAGAAGUCUCCAUGGAGAACAUGGUGACUGUGGGCUUCUUCUCCUGCAUGGGAACGCUCUGCAUCGGCGCGGCAGCUUUCUCCCACUACGAGGACUGGAGUUUCUUUCAGUCCUAUUACUAUUGUUUCAUAACACUCACCACCAUCGGGUUCGGGGAUUUUGUGGCCCUGCAGAAGAACAAAGCUUUGCAGAGAAAGCCCCUCUAUGUGGCGUUCAGCUUCAUGUACAUCCUAGUGGGGCUGACGGUCAUCGGGGCCUUUCUCAACCUGGUGGUCCUUCGCUUCCUGACCAUGAACAGCGAGGAUGAGCGGCGGGAUGCCGAGGAGAGGGCUUCCUUGGCGGGGAACCGCAGUAGCAUGAUCAUACACAUCCAGGAGGACACACUGCAGAGGAGUCGACGGAGACGAGAACAGCAGCAGCAGCGCUACAGAUCUGAGGUCACCGAUCUCCAGUCCGUUUGCUCCUGCAUGCACUACCAUUCGCACGAGUUUGGGAGCUCGGUCGGCCUCGGGUUGGGAAUUGGAGGAGGAAGCAGUGGGGGCGCAUUUCCGCACCAGAACUCAUUCGGCUCCCAGUUGAGCCCACAUCAGUACCAUCACUACCACUCGACGGUGUCCUACCGCAUAGAGGAGAUCUCGCCAAGCACGCUGAAAAACAGCAUCCUUCCCUCCCCCAUCAGCUCCGUCUCGCCCGGGCUGCACAGCUUCACGGAAAACCUCCGGCUGAUGAGACGACGCAAGUCCAUCUGAGAACCGACAGCAACCGCUGAACACACAUAUCCAAUGCUGCUGCUCUACCAAACCUCAUUACGCCACUUUUCUCGUCAUUUUCUGGCUGAUUUCGGACCAGCAGGACAUUUGAUCGCUCGGUGGAUAUAUUGGAACUUUGUUUAAAAGCAUGAAGCAUGGAUAUCUAUUUUUGCAGGAAACGCCUGGGCCUUCUUCGUCCUUUUGAGCAGCACCCAAAUGGAUUUGGAUAUACUACUACCAUCCUGAUAUCUUGUCAGAUGAUGCACACUUGCAUUUUGAAUAAUACAGAAGGAAAUAGAUAUAUAUAAUUUUUUAAGGGACAUAUGAAAAUGUGUGUUUUAUCAAACAGUAAGCAACCUCUGGUUCUUUCUUGAGAUUCAAGUGCCACACCACUGAAGGAGAAAUAACGAUAAAACUGAUUUGAAAAGGACUACGCAGUAUCAGGUAUUGUUUUCUAUAAGCAAUUCUAUUUAAGAAAAAUUGACAUUGAUGCACAUCAUGCCAAAAUAUUGUUGCCAACCAUAGCAUGUGCAUUAGUUGCCGUUUGAUGUGCGUCAUUGUUUCCGUUAGCCUUUUUGUUUUUCGUUUCUGUUCGUUUCAAUUCGAUCUAAGGUUUUCUGUAAAUUAUACAUGUAUGUAUAGACUUUCCAAGUGUGUUAUAUUUUGAGGUGACAGAUGAGUGACAGCAAAAGUCGGUUGUGAGAGGAAAAUAAUUGCAUGUGCUUUGUUUAAACUGGUAUGCGUUUACUGUAAUGAGGCAAAGCGAUAGCACUGGAUCCAAUAUUAAAAGCAAAUAAUCCUUUAAAAAGUGUUUUUUUUUAAAUGAAAGUCGAACUACACAUCCACUAAAACAGGGCCUCACAAAUGGGAACGUAAAGGCAUUGCGGAUGAUUGUUAUUCAUUGUUAUUUUAUAUAAACAACAGCACGACUAUUAUUCCAUUGUGAACAAUCAGUGUAUAAUGUAUGCUAACCCUAGCAAUGAUUGCUUUAUUCUCGCCAAUAAUCAUGGCAUUUAUUUGAAUGAGACUUAUUUAAAUGCAUCAAUAAAGACAGUUAUUUAUGUAUUUUACACUUUAAUGAUGUCUUUAGAGAAUGCCCUGCAAAUGAGAUGAACCUCAUAGGCCUAAGAAUUGCUCUGAUGUUGAUUGAAAAACAUAGUGCACCUCUAUUAGGAACAGUCUGGAUGUACUCAACAGUUCUCAUUCUCUGCUUGCGGUAGGGUGUUUUUUUUUUUUUUUACUAACCAAAUUGCAUCUCUGAUAUAACCACAAUCAUGUCACUCUUUGCUUUUAAACUAAACCUAUUCAACUCUUUUACUAGGUCUUACUGUAUCCUGGAUGUUAUAUCUGAGUAUCUGUGUUACAGUUAGGAUCAUCCAAUAAACCAGAGUUGGAGUCAAGACCAGACUCUACAAUAUAUAGACCAAGACUUGACGCUCUGAGGCCCAGAACCACACUAAUACCUGUCCAAGUAAUGAACUAAAAUAGGAAAAAAGCUAAAUUUAUUGCAGCGUACACAUUGUGCAGUGGCUAAAUAGCCAUUCAAAGCCAUAGAAGUUUUGUUAAUGUUCUGUUAUCAAUAAGGCACCUUUGUUGAAUGUGGCUAUCGUCUUUGGUAUGUAAGUUGACUCAUUUUUAGUCUCUAAACACAGCUGAAAUCUGGACCUAGAUGGAGCAAUGCAACAUUUAUGUGGUCUGGAUUGGUCUUCAAGACCCCAACUCUGAUAAUAACAAACCAAUAAAAUAACAUUGCAAAUACCAUUUUUUUUUUUUUAUGGAUGUAGAAGGCUGUAACUAUUGUCUUUCUUUUUUUUCUUGAUAAGAUUUGACAUCCAUUUCGUUUAACCAGUUUUAAUUGAGAGCUGGUCUCUAAUUUCAGUUCUGUUGACCAAAUAAAUCAGAAGCGGUUAGAGUGGUGAAGUUUUUAUCUAAAUGAUAAAGAUUUUUAGGCAGACGACCAAUUAUAAAUUAGAUUAAAUGUGACACAAAAAGCAUGAAUCAGUUAUUUAUAAAAUAGCCAAACAUUUCAGGUGGUAGGACUGGACCCUUGACAAUGUUUUUUUUUUUUUUUUUAUAAAUCUUGAAUAAUUGUCUUGAUGUGGAUCACUGAGGUAUGCAAAGCCCAAAGUGCCCACUAAAGUAAUUCGGUUUCAGACAAGACUAAUUAAUGAGAGAAAUUCCCGAUGGACUCCGGCGCUCCCGUGCACUCUUUUAGUCAAUUUCCAAGUCUGCCAGCAGGAAGCAGUUUCAGGCUCAAAAAGCUCACCAUUCUAAUCCCAAUCAACUUGACGUCUGACAUUCUGGAUUUCACAGCAUAUGUUGCAGCACUCAUGUAAAUUUAUGUAAAUCGCUACCAUUUUAUAAUAUUGUACAGUGCAUAUAUUGUAAGUAGUUAUAUCCUUGAUAAAUUACAAAGGCAUAUUUUAAACUCAGACGCAUUCACAUUUUUACAGCAUUCAGCAUACUGUAUGUGCCUUGAAGGGGUAUCUUUCAAAUGUGGAGUUUGUAUUUCAUUAAGGCACAUACUUGAAUUCAUAUUCAGAUAUAGAAGCAAACUAAUUAAAAUACUUCAUUGUCAAAGCAAAAGCUCCCCAUGUAUUCACAUGGAAAACCAAAGCAACUGAUCCUCACGAAUGCCGCCGCCGCCCAAACAAUGCACAAGUAUGUAUUUUAGCAUAAACACUGUCUGAAAUAUGUUAAUUGUUUCACUAGCACAACAAAAAGCUUUAUUUUCCACUUUUUAUUGGUUGUCACUUUAACCAAUGUAUGUACAUGAUGGUUCCUGGGGUCAGGACAGAGUAACAUGUAUUUAACAUCAAUAAACUGUCCUUGCAUUCUCUAUGUAAUAGCCUGAUGAUAAUUUCUCAAACAGAUGAGUUUGUAUGUUUGGAUUAGAUGAAAAUGUAAUAAUUUUAUGAUUGGCAACACAAACAAAUAAAUCAUAUGUAUCAAAAUUCUUUGUAUAUGUAUCAAAAACUUUACUUAAUUUAUAAGAAAUAUAUAGAUAUAGAAAUGUCAUGUAAUAAUUAUUAUAUUAAACUGCAAAUUAUUAUUAUUAUUAUGGGGCAACCUGAUUUAAAGGAAU